CUCACAUUAUAACAGAUUCUACGGUGAUUGUAAAUAGAGCGUUUAUUCGUCCAGAAUCGACAUCUGCUGAACCUGUACACAUGAUGAUGGAAGUGGACAAAAAUGCCAGCAAAUCUACCCCCGACCUACUAUAAACUCAAGCACCAGCAUGAAGCCGCCAAAACAGAUGAAGAGCGGCUGAGCCUGUUAGAGGAAAUGUUACGCAUCACUCCAAAACAUAAAGGUUCAGAGAAGGUGCUCUCUGAUAUCCGUCACCGUAUCGCCAAACACAAGAGAGGUCCUUCAGAAAAAGAAGGCAAGGGAGCCAGUAAAAGAAGCAACAGCGAACACAUUCCAAAGCAGGGAGCUGGGCAGAUCGUCCUCAUAGGACCACCGAAUGGCGGCAAAUCACAAAUUCUAUCAAACUUUACGAAUGCCAAAAUAGAGGUCUCGCCAACACCCUAUACGACGACUAUGCCAGCCGUCGGAAUGCUACGCUAUGAAAACAUCCAAUUCCAACUCAUUGAUACACCUUCUAUUAUGCUGGACUUCAUUUCAUCAACAGUCCUGACGCUCACCCGCAACGCCGACCUUGUCCUGCCGAUUGUAAGCCUCGCGAGCGAUAACCUGCUGGAUGAUCUUGAUAUGGUGGUAGCGUUUCUUAAAGAGGCAGACUGCGACACCCCGGAAAAUGGACACCUCGUUGUCGCCAAUCAACUCGACGCGACAGGCGCAGAAGAGCGGUUGGAAAUUCUUAAAGAAUUCUACGACGAAACGUUUCAGAUUCAUCCGAUUUCUGCCGAGACCGGUGCAGGUAAAGAGACUUUAUCGCAGGCAAUCUAUACGGAAUUGGACAUCUUGCGCGUUUAUCCCAAGGCACCCGGCAAAGCCACAGAACGCGAUGAUCCCAUCGUUCUCCUUACAGGCUCAACCGUGCUUGACGCGGCUAUGGAGUUACACAAAGAUUUUGCCGAAUUCAGGUUCGCGCGAAUAUGGGGACCCCAGUGGCACGAUGGACAAUCUGUCAGUCGCAACGAUGUCGUUUACGAUGGGGAUGUGGUUGAAUUCAUUUGUAGUUAA